AUGCUCAGGGGUUUCCACUGCAACAAAAACUCCCAGCCCUGGACAGCAGCACUGUUUGAUGGCUGGAAGUUCCACUGCACGGGGACUCUGAUCGACAGCCAGUGGCUGGUCACCGCUGCUCAGUGCUUCACAAAUCGUUUCUUCUAUGUGAGUCUCGGAGAAAACAGCCUGAUGAGCUUUGAAGGGACAGAGCAGCUGAAGAUCGGAAUCAAGGCAAUCCGGCACCCCUUUUACAACAGCUUCAACAAGGAUAACGACAUCAUGUUGGUCAAACUCCUGACCCCCAUCAGGGUGACCGACAGCGUCCGGCCACUUGCCUUGCCCAGAAACUGUGUUGAUCCUGGCAGCUACUGUGUCCUCGCUGGAUGGGGCACCACCAUUCUGCGGCAAGCCCCAUUAGAGUACGAACCAGACAUCCUCUACUGCGGAAAUAUCACCACUCUGACUGACCAGGAAUGUUUGGCUGUCUAUCCCGCUAUCCACUUGGGGCACAUGCUAUGUGCCACUGUCAAGAUGGGUGGAUCUGAUUCCUGCCAGGGAGACCCUGGCUCACCCCUCGUCUGCGAUAACGCACUGCAAGGCAUCACAUCCUGGGGCUUCGAAAAAUGCUCUGAGGUAGAAACCCCCAGCGUCUUUGUCAAGGUCUGCAACUACAUUAACUGGCUGCGGGAGACAAUGGCUUUGGCUUAA